AUGACAAGGACAAAUACAAUUGAAAAUAAUGGCAAUGACAUAGUAACCUCACUUAUUGUAGAAGAAGAAACAGAACAGGGUUGUAUCAUAAUGGAAGAGCCGCCGUUGGUAGAUGUAUUCGGUAUGGAUCCCAUCGGUCAAGAUAUAUCCUUACUGAUGGUUGGAGUUAUAGAUGAUAAUAAUAGUGGUGGCCAUAAUAAAAAGCAUGUAUCCUGUUUAAAGAGACCAAGGCGCCGACUCAUGCUCGAUGAUGCAUGGAUACUUUCAAACCCGUUUGUACCAACAAACAUUUGCAAUGGACUGGGUUUUGCGGAACAGAAGGAGAGUGGUAACGAGAUGGAGGAGGAGGAGGAGGAGGAUGAGGAGGAUGAAUAUGACGAGACAGCUUCAUUGAUGGAUAAUAAACAGAAACCAUCAUCUACAUCAUCUUCAUCUCCUAUACGAGAUGAUGAAUUUGAAUCAACAUACAUUGAUUACAAGUCAGAUCAAUAUAAGAGUAUUGAACCAAUUUAUUUUAUAAAGCAGGCAUUUAUAGAAUUAGAACUAUUGCAUUUGGAGAUACACACUGCAUUCAAUAACCUUGAAAGGAUGUUAAGGAAGUUAGAGUUGAAGAAUAAAGAACAAAUUGGCAAUUUACAACUUGUGAGUAGUCACCAUUUAAAUGUAAACAAGCGAGUGGAAUUUAUUGCUAAAGAAAUGCUUAUUAUUCAUGAGGGACAAGCUACAUCACAAUCACCAACACUUUGUGAUGAAGAUGAGAGUACACUACUAUUACUCACCAAUCUGAAAAACAGUAUCAAGAGUACGAGUACUGCAUUACUGCUAACUCCCAAUCAACUGCAGUUUCAAUGCAGAACUAAACCAUGGCUUUAUUUACUAGCGGUAUUGCUCAUUUUUGCAUAUAUAAAAUCAAAGCUAUAA